AAUGCCUACGUGUGCGUAGAACCCACAGAGAAAUUUCCCUCCUCUCCACGUUUAUUUUCAACCUUUAAAAACAAAAUAAAAAACAUAAAAAAGGACUCUCUUUUUCCUUUGUAUUUUCUCGAGAAAUUGCUCUCUCUUCCAAUCCAGUUCCCAAACCCAAACGCACGCACUCUCACUCUCUUUAAUUUUAAAUUCUCCGGCCCCAUUUCUGUCAUAUUUUCCCAUAAAAAUCUAAAAAUGGAAAAGAAAAAAAAGGAACGUUCGUCCAUUUCUUUUUAAAAUUUUACCAUUUUCUUCCUCUUCUUGAUUUCUGACCGUCUCCUCCUGUAUUUGUUCUCUUCUUUAUUCAAAUGGGUUUUUGAGUUUGAAUUCAAGGAGGAAUUCGGAGCCAGUCGGUGAAUUUAAGAGAGAAAGGGAGAAAGGAUUGGGAGUUUAAAAGAUUUGGGUGUUUAAAUCGUGCAUGGAUACUAGCAUGGCAUCUGGGAAUCCUUUUUUUGAUGACUUGCGGAGCAAGCCUGAGGUUAUUGAUCUUCCACAGAACGAAGACCGUUUGGAUAGUGAGUCCGUGAAUGAACCUACUCAAACUACAACAAAACCGAAUUUGAUUGUGUCUAACAAUGUUCGUGAACUGUUGGAAUGCCCUGUUUGCUUAAAUGCGAUGUACCCACCAAUUCAUCAGUGCCUAAAUGGGCACACGUUGUGUUCUGGUUGCAAGCCAAGAGUGCACAAUCGGUGCCCCACAUGCAGACAUGAGCUUGGGAAUAUUAGAUGUCUUGCAUUGGAGAAGGUCGCUGCAUCUCUUGAGCUUCCCUGUAAAUAUCAAAGUUAUGGGUGCGUAGGCAUAUAUCCCUAUUACAGCAAACUAAAACAUGAGUCCCAGUGUUCAUAUAGACCAUAUAGUUGCCCUUAUGCUGGGUCAGAAUGCACAGUGGUUGGUGAUAUUCCUUUUCUUGUGGCUCACCUGAAAGAUGAUCACAAAGUUGACAUGCACAGUGGCAGCACCUUCAACCAUCGUUAUGUCAAAUCAAAUCCGCAUGAGGUUGAAAAUGCUACAUGGAUGUUGACGGUUUUCAGUUGCUUUGGUCAGUACUUUUGCCUGCAUUUCGAAGCCUUCCAACUUGGGAUGGCUCCCGUUUAUAUAGCAUUCUUGCGGUUUAUGGGUGAUGAUAAUGAGGCAAAGAACUACAGCUACAGCCUUGAGGUGGGUGGGAAUGGGAGGAAGUUGAUUUGGCAAGGGGUUCCAAGAAGCAUACGAGACAGUCAUCGAAAGGUUCGUGACAGUUUCGACGGUCUCAUCAUCCAACGCAACAUGGCAUUGUUCUUCUCGGGAGGAGACAGAAAGGAGUUGAAGCUUAGAGUAACAGGAAGGAUAUGGAAAGAGCAGUGAUUGGGUUGUUUCCUUGAUUCUAUUUUGUGGUAAUAGACAGUAGAUCGGUUACUUUGGGUACGUUUUACGGGUCUUCUGCUCAUUUAUUUCUUGGUUUGAUUUUUUUUUUUUUGGGGGGCAAGCUCUCUUUGCUUAUCCAUGCAUCAAAUACAUGAAUUGAAAGAUGUUAAGUUUAAUGCCUGAAAAUCUAGUUUCUACCUACAAUCAAUUUAGAGAUUAGAAAUUGCAGAUUUACAUCUUACAAAGUGCCUUCUUUCUUUAUGCCCCUUGUUAUUAUGAAAUUUCUGAUUAUUUAAUUCAACUAUCGUUGAUCAACGCUCACAAAUAUCUAUCGUUUUGUAUAUAAUCGCAGCUUUCUUAUGAUUCUGAAAAAGAUUAAUGUAGGUGUUUGAGCUACGCUACAAAUUAUUCAGUUAUGCUUUUUUUCUAUAAAAAAAGAAUCCUAUUGGCUGAAA